CAUCCCCUUGGUGCACUGGGUAAACCACAGUCACAAAAGAUGUCUUCCAGCAAAGCUCUGUGUUACCCACGCCCACCAUGUUAUCCUGACAUCUGCCCAGACCCAUAUGUUAAUGCCUGGAAUGAGCCUUGUGUCACAUCAUGCGGCGACUCGAGCGCAGUGGUCUAUGCACCACCGGUUGUCGUGAGAUUCCCGGGACCUAUUCUCGCUACCUGCCCUCAAGACAGCGUUGUGGGAAGCACCUUACCAAAUUUACCCUAUGGAUAUGGGGGCCCAUAUGGAGGUGGUAGUUUCAGUGGCUCAAUCGGUUCUGGGGAUGUUUAUGGAGGUGGAUACGGUGCUGGCUAUGGUGGUGGAUACGGUGGUGGCUAUGGAGGUGGAUAUGGUGGUGGAUAUGGGGGCUUAUAUGGGUAUGGGAAGAGAUAUGGUAGGAAGUGCUAUUCUUCCCGCUUUGGAAGUUGUGGUCCAUGCUAA